GGGAGGCGGUGCUCCGGUCAGGCCGGGAAAGGGGACUGUGUCACCCCGCUCCAGAAAAAGGAAACUUGCGCCACCUCUGCUGGGGUGGCGCUCGCUUCUCCUCUGCGAUGGGGCCCCUGCCGCGGACCGUGGAGCUGUUCUACGACGUGCUGUCCCCCUACUCCUGGCUAGGCUUCGAGAUCCUGUGCCGAUAUAAGAACAUCUGGAACGUCCACCUGCAGUUGCGCCCGUCCUUGAUUGCAGGGAUCAUGAAAAGCAGUGGGAACAAACCGCCAGCCCUGGUUCCUUCCAAGGGCAAAUACUUGACAAAUGACAUAAAGCUCCUGGGACAGCACGUCCAGGUUCCCAUCCGGAUACCUAAGGACUUCUUCUCUGUGAUCCUUGAAAAAGGAAGUUUGUCAGCCAUGCGCUUCCUCACCGCUGUGAACAUGGAGCAUCCUGAGAUGCUGGAGAAAGUGUCCAGGGAACUGUGGAUGCGGGUCUGGUCACGGGAUGAAGACAUCACGGAGCCCGGGAGUAUCCUGGCAGCUGCAGAGAAGGCAGGCAUGUCGACAGAAGGAGCCCGGGCACUUCUGGAAAAGAUCUCAACGCCACAGGUGAAGAACCAGCUCAAGGAGACCACCGAGGCAGCCUGCAAAUACGGGGCCUUUGGGCUUCCUGUCACUGUGGCCCACCUGGACGGCCAAACCCAAAUGCUGUUUGGCUCUGACCGGAUGGAGUUGCUAGCCUACCUGCUGGGAGAGAAGGAAGCCUCUGCCUUGAAGCCAAGCACAGCUCUUCCUGGGGCUGUGGAGUCAGCCUCUGACAUGCGUGAGUUUCUCCACCCAGGAGAGAAGUGGAUGGGCCCUGUGCCUUCAGCUGUGAGUGCCAGACUAUAAGGAUGCCCAGAAGAAGCAGAACCAUUGGUGUAAGAAGCAGACCAUCUGUUCACCCCUCCUGCACCGAGGGGCACUAGGACCCUGGUUUCCCCAUGGGGGUGGUGGCCCUGGCUGUGGUGCCUUAUUUGCUUCACUCUCAUGGCUGCUCUGUGCCUCACAGGUGCUGUUUGAGAGCCCCAUACUCUACCUCCCCACACAAUAAACCUAAUGCCAUUGGAUAUAC